ACAGGGGUCAGUCAGUCAGUCAGUCGAGGUUUCAGCAACGUCUCCCGUAAUAAGAAGAUUUAGCACACAAAGAAGGGAUCAAGUUCGUCUCCUAGAGAGACGAGGAUGACCCAUCCCAGAAGAGGACAACGUUGAUAACCUGCACGUCCCUGCUAAAGUUUGUUCAUUUACAUUAAAAUGACUCAACAAAAACACAAGAAGAAGGCUUGGUGCUGUGGGUGCUUCGACUGGCUCUUCGCCAGGCGGGCGCACCGCAGCCCCUCCGAGGAACCUGACUACAACGUCGAGGAAACCAAAAACGCGGGUGCCCAGGACGAUGCAGGGCAACAGGCCCUGGUCUGCCUGAAGAACGCUGCUCAGCCUCUCGCAGUGGUGGAGGAGGAGCUCCCCUCCGACACCUUGCAGGAUGCUGAUGGGGUGGUGGGGAAUGGAGGAAAGGGGGCCAUUGGCAAGAGCCCUCAAACCCUUAUCAUCACUAUCCACUUGGUGAAGAGGGAAAAGGUCCACAAGCCAGUGGAUGAAGAAGACCGUACGCAAAUGGUGAGCCAUGGCAAGAGGCCUCAAACUCUCAUCAUCACUAUCCACUUGGUGAAGAGAGAAAAGGUCCACAAGCCAGUGGAUGAAGAAGACCGUACGCAAAUGGUGAGCCAUGGCAAGAGGCCUCAAACUCUGGUAAUUACUCUGCCCAUGGUCAAGAGAGAUAAUAUACAGGAGGUAUACGAUGAGCUCCCCUCCGAGCACCAAGGCACUGCUGGGGACGCUCCUUCCAGCAGGUGCAAAGCCGUUACCUGGCCACCGGAAAAGAUGCCUCUUAAUAGCAGCUUCAAACAGCAAGAUGCAUCUCAAACCCCGGUCAGGAAAAUUGUCAGGUUAAACUUCCAAAACCUGAACACAUUCUUCAAGAUUCGUGAGCUGUACUGUGGCUACGACUACUUCAAGUAUGGCUUCCCUCUCUCCAGCAUUCGUUCUGAGCUGCCAAAGCUAAAGGAGAGAAGAGUGAAGGCACAGGACGAGCCACCAAAGGAAGCAGUAAACAAACUGCCAGAGCCUCAGAAAACAGUAACAGAGGAAGCAACAGUUUCAAACAACAAAAACACUGAGCCACACCAUCUCACAGGGAUCCUCAAGAAAGGAAAGACGGCCAGCACCGCUCAUAAAUGUGUGCGCUUUAACUUCCAGAACCUGAACACUUUCGUCAAGGAUCGUGAACUGUACUGUGGCUACGACUACUUCAAGUAUGGCUUCCCUCUCUCCAGCAUUCGUUCUGAGCUGCCAAAGCUAAAGGAGAGAACAGUGAAGCCACAGGAAGAGCCACCAAAGGAAGCAGUAAACAAACUGCCAGAGCCUCAGAAAACAGUAACAGAGGAAGCAACAGUUUCAAACAACAAAAACACUGAGCCACACCAUCUCACAGGGAUCCUCAAGAAAGGAAAGACGGCCAGCACCGCUCAUAAAUGUGUGCGCUUUAACUUCCAGAACCUGAACACUUUCGUCAAGGAUCGUGAACUGUACUGUGGCUACGACUACUUCAAGUAUGGCUUCCCUCUCUCCAGCAUUCGUUCUGAGCUGCAAAAGCCAAAGGAGAGAACAGUGAAGCCACAGGACAAGCCACCAAAGGAAGCAGUACACAGACAUAAUGCACGAUACCAGCAAACAGUUAGAGCAGCUGGCUGUACACCACUGAAUACCACUACUGGAGGGAAGUCUCCUAAAGGUAUCCUGAAGAAAGAAAAGAUGCCACGGUCCACCUGUCCAAAACAUGUGCCCUUCAACCUUGGUAACCUCCGCGCCCCCGUUAAGGAACGUGAGCUGUACCGUGGCCACGAGUACUUCAGAUACGCCGCGCCGCCCAAGCCACUCCAUCUCCCAACUUUACCUCGAGGCCUCACCACCAGCCCGUUAGAUCCGCCUCUAACUCGCUGCGUGGCGCACCUCGGCACCUCGGGAGGCCGGCACAGCGGAGCAACGACUCCUUCCAGCAAAGCAGUGGCCGGAAUGCUGCACACAACUACACCAACAGCCGCCACUCACAGCACCGCCAGCACAACUCCGGCAGCUACGUCCCGCCCCGAUACGAAACAAGGCAUUUCAAUGGAGGGCAGACACAUCCAGGCACCAACUCCCACAGCAGAAGUCGUGUCAAGAGAGGCGCCAAGCCGGGUGAUGGUAAUUUUCUGUAAGCACAGGGCGAGUACACAGAGUCGUGACCAAACUCAAAUGUUCAGCGACGUACAGUUGACGUACAUUCCGGGUGCACUUCUCAACACCCGCUGAACAGUAACUGUCGUUGAUUGGUGAUAACAAUGACUGAGGAGUGCCAAGAAGCACCACAAACACACUGAGAGGAACGGCUCGCCAGCUCACUACAAUCACCGUGCAGAGGAACACAUCCCAUGGAACGGUGCCACUUCUACGGAACAAAUUGUUCAAGAGUGUCGCAUCUGUGGGGAGUGUUGCGAUGCAUGUGUGUGGUUACAUUUCUUAUCAUAUAUUUCAAA